AUUUUUUUACACAUUCAUAAUGAUCCGUAUACAUGAGCUAGUCGUACCUGGUUGUAAGUAUAUCUGCAUUUUCUUAAAGCCGAAAAGAAGAAGAAUAUGAGCAAUUCAGUUCUCUGAAUGCAAGGAUUCUUAAGUUUCCCAUUCGCACAAGCGAUUACUCCAGCCCACCCUUGGUGUGGACAACGCCCCUCCCCCGUGUCCUCACUGUCACCAUCCUUGCCCUCGUCACAAGUGCGCAAUCACUUGGGCUUGGGGGGCUCAGAGUGGCGAGCAGGUGGUCCCCGCAGAACUUAUAAAAGGAGGCGACGGGAGUACGGAGGCUCCGAAGAUGCGAUGACACUGACAACGAUGAUGAUGGAGCGCACUUUUCGGCAGCGGCUCUUCUUGCUCCUGAGCUUAUGUGUCCUCAAGGGAGACUGCAGAUAUAUCGAGGAUAACGACGUGCUAAAGGAUGAAUUCCACUCCUUCUUCAACCCUGAGCUGCGCAGGGAUACGCCAAAGGAGUUGAUCGUCUACCGACGACCGCUGCGUUGCGUGGACAUGGUGGCGGUGGAGGGUCGUUUCACCUUCACGGCCGAGCUCCCCCAGCUCAACUGCGCUGCCUUCUUCAUGGCCGAACCCGACGAGGUGGUCAGCGUGGAGUACGACAGCGUGGACAUCGACUGCCGGGCGGGAGAUUUCAUCACGGUGUUUGACGGCUGGGUGAUGAAGGGCGAGAAGUUUCCCAGCUCGCAGGACCAUCCGCUACCUUCGCGCGAGCGCUACGUCGACUACUGCGAUUCCGCCAAUUCUGACAGGAUAAGCGUGCGUUCCUCACAGAACGUGGCUAUGAUCUUCUUCCGCGUGCACAAUGCCGGCAGCAGCUUCACCGUCACAUUCAGGAAGCUGUCCAAUCCUUUCCCCUGCAAUGUCAUCUCGCAGUCACCAGAGGGCAGUUUCACUAUGGUGAGUCCACAGCAGCACAGGAACUGCAGCUUCUCCAUCAUCUACCCGGUUGAGGUGGACAUCUCGGAAUUCUCCUCCUUUGGUCUCCGUGGCAACUUCCCCAAGUGGUCCACUUCGGGGUGCGCGGCUGAUUCUGAGGACAUGGUGCAGCUGCUGGGAGGAAAUGGCCUUGACACGUCUAAGAUGUUUCCUCUCAAAGAGCUCUGCAGUUCCUCUGCUAGACCCGGCCACACGAAGGUAGGCUGCGACAACACGGUGGUGCGCAUGUUGUCCAGCGGCCGCUACGUCAACAAAGUGUCCUUCAGCUACCGCUUGCUGGACAGCCAUGAGCUGCAGACGCUCAGAGUCAACAACGUGGAGGAUUUCUGCUUCGCCAACUGAUUUCACGCGUCUUGACAACUCAAAGACCAAGCGUGAACAGGAAGGUCAUUGAAAACGAGCUGUGUGUGACGCAAAAUACUGUUAAGGUUUUUUUUGUUUGUUGAAUAAAGUUGUCAUCGCUGCCUUUGUCGUGACUAUCAUUCUUGUGAUGAACGAUGCUAUUUAUUGGCUGAAUGGGGCAUUUUUAACUCAUUGGCUCUCAUUGACGGUGAUAAACAUCCAAGGAGGGCUGCUCAGUGGCGCCUCCAGAAAUUUUUAGUAGGGGUGGCCAGAUGGGGCCACUUAAAAUCUUGGGGUGGCCAAAACUAAAAGCCAUAAUUUCAGGUUUUCAUUAUAUUAUUGUAGUAAAAAGGUCAGGGGAAAACUAUCGGAAAGACUUAAGGACACGGCUACUAAUAUACUGUACUUUGGUGUAUUGUGAAAUAUUUGAUGUUACUAAUGAUUUAAUGUGCAUAGUCCAUAACUGUCCAGUCAACAUUUUGAGUUCCACAACAAUUCCGUUUUAUUGUGUUAUGUAUGUAUUAGGCAUAAGGUGUACAUCUAACUAGGGCUGUCAAACGAUUAAACGUUUUUUUAAUCGAG